AUGCAGAGAUGUUCGUAAAUUGAUAGGUUAUAGCUGUUUCGUUUGAUUUUUGCAUAUUUAUUUCAAAAAUUUCUUUUAAUGUUCUUAACAGCCAUGAAUGAUUGAAAAGAAAAAGAAGAAUGUGAAUUUAUUUCAGUUACUGACUGUUAGAUACUACAAGAUUUUCGAAAAUGUGUUUAUUUCUUCAGUCUUGUAGUUGUCUUCUUAGUGUUAUUUCGAGAUUUAAAAUGGCAUCAAAGCACGUUAUCAGGCUGUCCGAAGUAAUAAACUUCUUUAAAGACGAAGAUAAAUUAGUGAAGAAAGGGGAAAAUGCUGUUGAAUCAGGGCAUGUGAUUCAUAUGGUGUUUGAUAGUGAUCUUCAUGUAGUUCGUGGAAAGGUGCAUGCCAGCAUGAGAGACCGACAAUAUAAUGUUGAGAUAGAAUUUGAUAUUGAUUGGUCAGUAAAAUCAGGAAAGUGUGACUGCCCACGUGGACAAUUACGUUGUCAUCACAUGGCAGCAUUGCUGCUUUUUGCUCGAGACAACAUUUCAGUCACUGAUAAGGAGUGUGCUUGGAACAAAUCAAAACAAUCACAAGAGAAAUACGUUAAAAAGUUAAGAGAUAUGUAUCCUGCCAAGCCGCACAGGUCAACUGACAGGAAUUUAACAGAAGAAGAGAUAAAAGUUUUCAAGAACAAGCUUUCUGUUUUUGAUGGUGCUGUUGGAUUCUCUUGGCUGUUAGCGGAUGAAAUAUCAUCAGAAGAAUCAUUCAUUAUUAAUGUGGAAGAUAUUCUUUUCAGCCAAGAGUACUUAAUAGCACAGAACAGAACCGAGUUUUUUGAAGACAAAAUCAAAUUAGAGGAAAACGAUGCCAACAAAAUAGCUGAGCUCACAAUUGGACAGUCCGAGAAUGCUAAGUGGCUGUUGGCUCGGAAAAAUCGAUUAACGGCAAGCAAUUUUGCAGUUGUAUUGGCAGCCUGUAGUAGGCAGCGUUAUCCUCCCAGUCUUUUCAAACGUCUUUCAGGUGCAUAUAUUCUAGAAAAUAUAAAAGCCAUACAAUGGGGGAAGCUUCAUGAAAAAAAAAGGCAUCGAAGCGCUGGAGGAAGCACUUGGUGUUGAAGUCAUUCCCACUGGACUGUGGUUAGACAAGUGUGGCUUCUUAGGUGCUAGUCCGGAUGGAUUUAUAGGAGAAGAUCAACUUGUUGAGGUUAAAUGCCCCUAUAAAUUCCGAGAUGUCACUGUAUUAGAAGGAUUGAAAAGUACUCAUGACUACAUAAUACAAGCAGAUGGAGAUGGAAAUGUAGUGAUAAAUAGAAGUCAUGAGUACUUUAUUCAAAUUCAAGGACAGCUGGCUAUCACCGGAAGAAAGAAGGCACAUCUUGUCAUAUGGACACCGAAGGAGUCAAUACUUGUGGUAAUUGUUGCAGAGGAUUUCAAAGAAAAUUUGAUAAUUUAAAAAAAAAUUUAUUUGGAGCACUAUGUUCCGUUCAUAUUAGGGGAAAAAUAUGUGAACCAAUAAAUACUACUUAAAAAAAUUAUUUCAAUUAUUAUUCCUGUGGUGUACAUGUUUCAUCAAGUUGGCAUUUCUGUGAUAUGCUUACAGCUGGUCUAUUGUCAAAUUGUUCGAUGACAACAAUGCUAAAGGUAUGGGAUUUCCUACACUGAUCGUAAAUCGAAGUUCACUUAAAUGAAAAGUGGGUACUUCGUAGUUUUUACCAUAUAAAAUCGAAAGAAAAUAUUGAAAUUUAUUAAAAAAAGGCAACAAUAAUAGAAAUAAAUAUUUAUUAGGAGCCCAUGAAAUUAU